UCACUUUCACUUUCAGUUCUAAAGCAGUUACCUAGUAGGCGUCACCAGAGAAAGUCCCCAGAAAAUUAAGGAGGAGAGCGGACACCAGGUGGAGGUGUAGGUUGCUGGAGAUGUCUACCCCGGGGUCUCAGCCGCUGAGGCUGAAGGAAUGGCUGAUGCUGCAGAUUGACAGCGGGAAAUAUCCCGGACUCCGCUGGGAAAACCAGGAGAAAACCCUGUUCCGCAUUCCCUGGAAACACGCGGCCAAACAUGACUACAGCGCCCAGCAAGACGCGGCUCUCUUCAAGGCCUGGGCUGUGUAUAAGGGCAAGUUUCGCGAAGAAUCAGGAUCGGCCGAUCCCUCCGUCUGGAAGACCCGGAUCCGAUGCGCCCUCAAUAAGAGUCCAGACUUCCAGGAGGUUCACGACAACAGCCAGAUGGACGUGGCCGAACCUUACAAGGUGUAUAGGAUUGUAUCAGAGCCCCGGGCCAGUCCAGAAAAUGGAUCGAUUGAAUCCAGAAGUUCUCCAAACACAGAACCGCCAACCAUCCUGAAGGAGCAGCAGGCGGCUCGGGCUGGGGAUCUGAACAAAGCAAGUCACCAGGAAGCAAACAUUUCCCCCAAAAUCAUGGAGAACGAGGCCCAACACAAAGCGGCAGGAAGGGAUUGUCUCACGACUAUCCCUUUCUUCUGGGAGACUCACCCCAUGGAUCAGAAAGCGAUAGAUAUCUCGGACGUCUACUCGCCAUCAGCAUCAGAUUUCUGGCUACACGUGCGCUUAUAUUAUCGGGACAGGUUGGUGACAGAGGUCACGACACAAACGGCUGAAGGAUGUCGGAUUGUGCCCUGGUCACUUACCCCACAUCUUUUCGGUCCAUGCCCUGCGCUGCCACUAGAGGAGAUUUCACUGCCCUCCCCGCACAGGCUGUCUGGGAUCUUAUCCCCAGGAGUGGACCACGCUCUGCACAAGCUCCUGGAACACCUGGAUAAGGGAGUCCUGCUAUGGGUUGCACCUGAAGGGGUAUUUGUCAAGCGGCAAUGCCAGGUGCGUGUGUACUGGAGCGGCCCCCUGGCCCCGCAUACUGAUCAACCAAACAAGCUGGAGCGAGAGAGAACGUGCAAGGUGCUGGACACUGAGCUUUUCAUGCACGAGAUGGAAACGUACGUGACACACAAUGGUCCGGAGCCCCAGUAUCAGUUCAAACUGUGUUUUGGGGAAGAAUAUCCAGACGCAUCCAAAGUGAACACCAGGAAACUAGUGACGGCGCAUGUGGAGCCGGUGUUCGCUCGGGAACUAUUUCUGAACGCUCAAAAGAAGAGGAGAAAGAAACCAGAGAGCUCCUAACUCACCCUCCUUCCCAUCUGUCCAUCUGAGAAGCUCUCUGACCAGUAGAGUAACCCGCAUGUAUGUGAAUAUUUAUGUCAAUAUAAAUGGAUAUUAUUACGCCACCAGCUGUCUCUGUAUCUAAUGGAUAAAAUACACUUUUCCUGUUUUGCAGUAUUUUGUUGGUAAUUUUACACAAUUUCCAGUAAAUCCUUUAAAUGU